AUGAGUUCAAAUAGGAGUCUACCUACAACUCGGCAUGAUUUAGAUGGAGGCGCUUUUUUAAUCAAUGAGGAUGGAUGUGAUAAUAUCCUAAGGGUGGCUUCCUCAGGGAACCUGACCGUUUCCCCAUCCCACCCCCCCUCUUUAACCCCAACACCAACGGUGAACUGGAAGGACGAACUCUACGCGGCUGACAGCUUCCGAGGUGGGAUGCGUGCCCUUUCCCGUGUCCUACCGUCCUGGCUUCCAGUGGUAGGGUUUCUUUCCGCACUGGGACUGUACUACGCGACUUUUCGGGUUCGUCUUUUCAUCUCGCAAUGGCGUCUGGAGGAGCGUCGGCGUGCCGAACGACGGUACGCACUGUUGGACACCCUUCGCGGCGUGCCGAUGGGCCCGGUUGGGGCGGUAGAGCCCCUCGGCGAGGACGACAUCGACGAGGAAGAUGAAGACGAAGACGACGAAACCGCCGUAUCCAUGCGCGAUAUUGAGGAGUUUCGAAGCAGUCUGGGGAUUCGUCUGCCCCGGGAUGAGGAUCUCCUCAGUAUGGUGGAGCGGAUGCUGAUGGUGGACCCGAUACCGGAUGGAUGGGUGUUGUAUCGGACUGCCGCGGGGAUUAUUCGCUUCAUGAAUCUCAAUACCCAAGAGCUUUUCUUUUUCCACCCCAGCAAGCGCAAGGAGAAGUCUUACAUCGAUGCGGAACUCAAAAAGCGAAACCGCCAAGCAAUGGAGAGUAAAUACAACUUUUACUCUGAAGAUGAGGGGUUUAACUUGUUUCCCAUGCCUAAUCGGGGUCCUCAGUUCCUCACUACAGCUUCUGGGUUGUUGCCUAUUGAUUUUGGUGACGAGAGUAAUCCAGGUGAGGAGGAUGAUACACAAACUAACGCCUUCAAACGAAUGUUUCACUACUUUUUGGAGCGUGAGCAGAAGCGAAUUGAGCAGGAUGUGGUACGCUCCCGAUGCUCUAUAGUACAUCGCACAAAGGAGGCAAUGGGGGCUGGGAGCGCGGUAGGGGUUUCUGGACCAUCUUCCUCGUCCGUUUCGGCACCAUCAGAUGUUUCUGGUGGAGCGGUUUUAGGGAUUAGUGGUGGAAAUCACAAUUCGACCAGUUCAAAGUCAGGAGUAGGGACAGGAGGCACCGCGGUGUGUGCGGAAAGUGGACAAUCGUUUCAGCGAUCACCGGUCAGUAUGUUUGCUCCCAUGACGUAUCGUGUGGUCUUGUCUAGUGCGAUUCAUGGGAACCGUUGUGGGAAUUCUAAAUGA